UUAGAAAGGAGAAAGGGAAAGAAAAGAACGCCCUCGAUUUUACCAACGGUAAGGUUCAGUUGUCAAGUGGAUUAACCAGACGAAAAACGAAAAGAAGAAAAAAGUUGGGAUUGCUGAGUUGCCCCUACUCCUCAACUCCCUCUAACAAUUAGCUCUGAGGAAACCCUUUAGCGACUGGCACUUCGUGCUCGUUUUUGUGAUUUUCUGUAAGGAGAAAGAAGGGAAGCUCCGGCCAUUUGUGGGGCCGGUGAUAAAGCCAACAGAAAACCCAAUUCAAGAGUUUGAAUGUGGGAGUUUUGGAGAAGGCAUAAGAGAAAAGUGUAUGUUACACUUGGAGUUUUUGGCAGUGGGUAUCUACUGUACAAGCUCUAUGACGCAAGGAGGCGGAGGCUCAGUGAUCUCAAGAAACAACUCGCAGAUGAGAGGCAAAAUGAGGAACUUAUUAAAGCCCAAAUUCAAGCACAUUUUGAGAGUGUACAGAGGAUAGCUGAUUCAACAACACUUCCUCAUGUAAUGCAUUUCUUAGAAAGUCGAUUAGCAGAGAACUUGGACCUUACGCACUUGACGGAGAGAUUAGUUCAAGGAAAGGGCCAACCAAAUACUCUGACUAUGGCCGAGAAACUUGAAUUAUGGGACAGACUCAAAAUUCUGAGUUUUACAAAAAUGGUAUCGUCUCUUUGGGCAAUGAAUAUGCUGAGCCUCUAUAUCAGGGUUCAAGUUAAUAUAUUGGGGAGGCAUCUAUAUAUUGACACAGCACGAGGUCUUGGAAGUUCUCACCUGCUUGAUGAAGCUGAACUAAUCGACAAAAAUGAUGAGCAGCAGUUCUUGGCCUGUGCUGAUUACCUUUCUAAUUAUGGCUUGCUUGCCUUAAUAAAUAAUACAGAAGCAGCAACAAUGGAAGUCCUCAAGGGAAAGCAACUGAAGGAUUUCUUCAAUGUAGCAGUACUUCAUGAUACAAUUAUUAACAUUUUGGAGAAUCUAAUGAUCAUGGGGAGCCCUCAUCACUGGGUAGGUUAUUUGAUGCCCGAAGACGCAGGAGUUUACAAAUUUGUUGCAGCCUCCAGCAGCAGUGGCUCAGAUCUUUCAAAUGCUACAAAAUUUGAAUUACUUAUGGGGGAAACGCGUGCCGUGCUCUCAAGUGCUGAAUUUUCCAAUAUUGUCGACAUAUCACUGAGGAGGCUGGUGAAUGGAGUGUUGGAAGAUCUGAGUAUCCAUUGUGGAGAAAACAAUUUAGCAACUGGGAUGCCACUUGCAAGGCUUUUACCAAGAAUAGCGCAUAUGGGUCAGCUGCUGCUUACAGAAUCCAAUAGAAAUAGGUAUAUCCAAAUUAUCCGAGGCAUGCCAGAGGUUGAACUGUUCUUCACCCUUUUGUACUCGAGCAUGCCUGCCUCAUAGUGUGGAAUUAUUGUUGUAGUUUCAUGAACUUGACAAAUGUAAACGAGUUUAUCAUGAUCUGGAGAGGCUCAGAGAAUAAAGGAGACCAAGAGCUUUACAUCCUUGUAAUUUUAUCGUCCAAACGCUAUUCAUUGUGUUUUUUAUUUGACUCAGAUCAAUUUCUUGGGGGGCUUUUGUAAAUCCAAAAGCAUAUAAAAGUUUUAGUUGAAACAAUUGCCAGAAGGCAGCUCUUACAUGAUCUCUGUGGAAUUGCUGGACAUUGUUGUUUUGAUCA